AUGGCGCUGGAAUAUGGCUUUACUAGUAUACGUGAUUUGGAAACAGAAGGUGCCAUGUAUGCCGAUGUGGAUGUAAAGAAAGCGAUCAUUAACCAGGUGAUUCCCGGUCCAAGAAUGCAGGUAGCUACCCGGUCCAUUGCCACGGUUGGGCAUUACCCCAUUGCCGCAAAAGAUUAUGCAUGGGAAUUAAGCCUGCCUAAGGGCGUACAACUGGUAAAUGGGGCCGAUGAAGCCCGGCGCGCCGUGCGUGAACAAAUUUCUUACGGGGCCGACUGGAUAAAAAUCUAUGCCGACCGCGGAUACUACCGCCUGCCCGACGGUAGCUAUCGCAGCCGGCCCAAUUUCACGAAAGAAGAAAUAACUGCCAUUGGCGAUGAAACGCUGAGCUCGGGAAAGAAAUUGGCGGCACAUGCUGUUACCAGGGAUGGUAUUAUUGCCGCCAUCAAUGCUGGCGCAUCUACCAUUGAACAUGGUUUUGGUAUGGAUGAGGAAUGCGUGCAGCUGAUGGUGAAGAAGGGCGUUUUCUGGUGCCCUACUAUUUACGUGUGCGAUUAUGUGGCAGAAGGAAGGGCAAAAGCAGGGUCACCCAUCAAUAAAUAUUUUAUGGAAACAUUGCCGGCAGUUUUUAAGAAAGCGAUGAAUGCCGGUAUUAAAAUCGCCUAUGGAACGGAUAUUGGCGGCUAUAGCUGGGAUGAACCGCAGGCAAAAGAUUUUGAAUACAUGGUGAAGUAUGGCAUGAGCAACCUGCAGGCCAUUCAAACCGCUACUACCGUGGCCGCAGACCUGUUUGGCAUGGAAGGUAAAAUAGGUGAACUGAAAGCCGGUGCUUUUGCAGAUAUCAUUGCUGUGAAACAGGAUCCACUGCAGGAUAUUAAAUCGUUGGAACAGGUAAAAUGGGUGAUGAAGGAUGGGGUGGUGUAUAAAAAUAGUAAAUAG